UGUCUGACUGAACUCGCUGUCAGAUAGUUUGUCGUUUUAUGUCCGAUACGUGUGGCCAGUAGACAUAUGUAGCAGCAAUGUAACGCUCCACAACGAGUGUUGCUAACGACUGGGCCCGGCUAACAGUACACUAGCACGGUUAGCACACUGCUAGCUGCUAAGAUGAAUAGCGUAGCUUACCCGGUUAGCUAUAGCAAUCGCCGGGCUUUUUAAAAAUUCCGUGUGGAUAUAGGUAACAUUACAUGUGCAAAUAAUAUAACGUUUGUUAUGUUAUGCGGAUUACACGCUCUCCAAAACCGAAACGUCACAUGUUUUGCCAAUACGUCACCUUAAUGGAACUUGUGUCACGUUGUUUAAUGUCUAAUGGAGCAAGAACUCAGCCACUUGUCGAGGCUGCAGAAGCAAUAUUACACGUCGAAAUGUUACCUAUUCUAGUGUCUGGUUAUGUCUACACAAGUUAAUGUUACUGUCACAAUGUAAUAAUGAUGGUAUCAUACUAAAGCCUAACGUAUUUUCAUAAUGAAUUGCUCAUUCAUCUGUGAGUCUUUGAUUGUUUGAACCUCUUAAAGAAUCUGCAGAUUAUAUAUGCAGACAUCAACGUGGACUUUGAUCAAUCAGGUAUUACUAUUAGAUGCAGCCAUAAUGUGUACGUACAUAUGGGUCAUUAUUGUUAAAUCCUUGUCCCUGCCCACUCGUAUUAAUUUAUAUUAUGAAGCGUAUAUUAUUCUAAUUUUACAAAAGUAAUUUCAAUGCUUUUCCCAAAGGGGGACCAGAACUGCUGUUGUUUUCCAAUCAGGACAGGACCCAGACACGCCCUCUCCUCUGUGUCAGCAGCGAUCUGUGCUUUGGUGGGAAAGGCCCCAAUCACCCCGCCUCCCCGUGUUGCCGAUUUUUCGAGCUGCGUGAGGACAUAUGUCAGUUUCUGCAAAGCAAAGGGAAGAACACAUCAGAGCUCCGGGAGCAGACGUUUCUGUGAGACAUCUCAAGCAUCUCGAUGCGCUGAACCUGCAUCUGCAUCAUCACAGACAUGCACGCAGCAUAAAAGGUUAAACUACGCCAACCAUGCGCAGCGUCUGGCUCAUGGGGACUGGACAGGGGCAGACAGCGAUGGAGAGGAGGACAUGGAGAAGAAGGAGGACGGGGAGCGGGAGCAGGACGACCACACGGAGGAAGAGGAGAUGGAGAUUGAGAGGAGGAAGCUGCCAAAGCAUUCUGCGAACCAAGGCUCCACUGCUGCGUACACUAAAAGCGGCUACUGUGUGAACUGCUUCCCCUCCCUGCUGCCCGGUGGGAACCGACACAACUCAGCCAUGGGGAAAGCUCCACCACUCAGCCGGCCCGGACUCCGUCUCCCCUCACACCCUGAAGCAUUGUACUACUUGAUCCUGGACUGCAUUUACAGCGAGGUGGACAGAACGUACUGUAGUACUGUAGUACCGGGUGGCCUACAUCCUGGAUGUCAUGUGCUGUCCAAAGUUCAGGAGACGGACGGCCUAUCGGAAAUCGCCAAGCGAAACGUGACGGGAACAGAGGCUCUUUACAUUCAUGCCCCAUCCUGUCCUUCCUCUCUGGAUACUGGAACUUUUUGA